CGACCACUGACUACGCGGGACUUCGUUUUGAGCAAGAUGCUGACUCGAGCUGCAGCCCGCGGCGCGGCCGCCCGCGCUCCGUUGAUGCGUUCAGCGACUUCCAUGUCGUUCUCGACGGACUCUUCCAUGAAGAAGCCUACGUUGGGCGAGGUCGUGGACAAGGCUGCCAACCUCUUCUUCUUGGGGGAGAUUGCCCGUGCCACGUGGUUGGCAUGGGAAAUCCACACCCAAAAGAAGACGACGAUCAACUACCCGUUUGAAAAGGGUCAGUUGUCCCCCCGCUUCCGCGGUGAACAUGCGUUGCGACGAUACCCCAGUGGUGAAGAACGCUGCAUUGCGUGUAAGUUGUGCGAAGCGAUUUGCCCGGCCCAAGCAAUCACGAUUGAAGCCGAACCACGUGAAGACGGUGCUCGCCGCACGACCCGCUACGACAUUGACAUGACGAAGUGCAUCUACUGCGGGUUCUGCCAAGAAGCGUGUCCCGUCGACGCCAUUGUGGAAGGGCCCAACUUUGAAUUCGCGACCGAAACCCACGAAGAGCUGUUGUACGACAAAGCCAAGCUGCUCGCGAACGGCGACAAGUGGGAAUUUGAAAUUGCCCACAACUUGUCCGUGGAGCAGCUCUACCGUUAAAUUCCCCAACGACAAUUUUCUAAUGCAUUCCGUGUUGUUGGCACACCA